UAGGAUGGAUUGAGGGUGAGUAAAUUAUGGGGUAAUUUUAAGCAAAAUCUUUUGUUUGUCAGUCUUGAUAACUGGAGAAGAGGAGUUUCUUAAGUAACUGCAACUUUUGCUCAUAACUCCUUUCCAUUCAUUACAUUUCUGCUGAAAAUAAAAUAAAAUUGGGUUUUGUGCAUGUUGACAAGCUGAACUAUCUGAACAACAACUCUGUAUGGGAGACAAGUUUAAACCAUCAAAGACCAGUUUAAACUGGCUAAUAAUGUGUGUGUUUUUUCAGCAUUUUAAAAAAACUUUUCUCACUUAACCACACUUGGCCACAGUCAAUAUGAUGGAAGAGUAAAAUGAUUAUCAUGAUUCUUUUGUCAACUAGUUUAUUUUUCCUCCAUAGCCAGAGAAGUGCAGAUUUAGAGCAUUUGUCUGCAAUACUCAAAUUCGCUAGUUAUGUAACCUUGGGUUAAGGAGUGUUUUAGGUCCUUAUAGCAACAGUAUAAAGUUAUCUGGGGCUUGAUUAAGGUCCUCUAAAAUAUUGUGUAACCCUGGGAAGGUGGGCCAUCCAUAAAAAACAACAACAUAAAGAAACAUUUCUGGAGAAAGAAAAAAAAAAUUAAAGAGUACUGUGAGGUUGGCAAUGUCUUUCAGAUUCUGAUUUGCAUAACUGAUUAAGUAAGCGUUUAAUCAAAAUAACAGGUAAUGUGUACAGGUAAAGAGUGUACAGCUAUUGAAUAUUGAUGCUUAGCUUACAUUAUAAUUAGGAUCUUCCAAAUUAGCUAAGACAUGCAUGUCUUUUUUUUUCCUGCUGUUUUUUGCAUUUUAUUUGUUUCUCACAUUUAACAUAGGAUCUAUAGUAUAUUCAGGUCACAAUUCUCACACAUUAUUUUUGUCUGCUGUUUCUCCAGUGUGAAAUUGCCUUUUUUAUUUAUUUAUUUAAAUAAAUUUACCCCAUUUUAUGCAGUCUGCUUUGUUAGGUUUUACCCCAGUGAUUGUGUAAGAUGCUCCACACUUAGUCAUCAAGAAUGAUCUCAUAUCUGGAACCAUAAAAAAAUGGUUACUCCUUUUUUGCCUUAUUUUAAUGUCCCAAAGGUCAACAGAGUUUGUACUUAGAGUGCAACAUCUAUUUGUCCCUUCAGUGACUGAUAUUCCCAGGUAGGACAUAUUUCUGGUUCAGUAUCUGUUGUGUUUCCUAGAACAACACUGUUGUCCAACAAAUAAUUAUAAUGAUCCACUAUUGCUAAAUGUUCAUUGCUAACAUCUGAUCGACACUUUUGUUUCAGGACCAAUGAGGAUGCUGGAAUAUGUCAAAAUUUAUGGUAAAAUCACAAUCCUGUCCCUUAACAGGAGAGCUCUUGCAAAAGGGACUUCCUGUUCUUAAAUGUUUAUGUGGCUCUGAAUCUGAAAAUGUGGACAGGAAUCGUGGGCAGACCUGUAAUUAGCACAAGCAUGGAGACAAAAGAGAUCAGGUGGCUGAGGGCAGAACAGGUGUUUCUGUGAGGGGCCCAUCAGAGUGAGAGCCUUCGGAAAGGACAACUAGGAACAUUGUCCUGCAUAGGCCCUGUGACAAGGAACUAAAUAUUCAAGUAUUCAUGAGACCAAAGUGGGGUUGUUGUGCGCUCUUGCGCAUUUAACGCGCUUGGUAUCGGAGAUCCCCAGCGCCUGCCUGUGCGCCUCGGCGCAGUUGCGCGUGCGCGAGGAGCUCCCCGUGCCCACUGACUUGUAGCUUUGAGACCAGAGUGCGCGCGGGUGGCACACAGUAGCUCCAGGGCAGCCAGCGCGCAACGUUACCAUGAGCCUCCCCGCUCCGCCGGCAGAGACUCCACGCGCAGAGAGUGCCCACCUGAAGAGAGCAGCGCGACACCCACAGCCACACGAUGCACGGGGGAAAGAGAGGGCUGGUGGCACCGCAAAACACUUUCCUGGAGAAUAUCGUUAGACGCUCGAGUGAGACGAGUUUCUUGCUGGGGAACGCUCAGAUUGUGGACUGGCCUGUAGUUUAUAGUAAUGACGGCUUCUGCAAGCUGUCUGGAUACCACAGAGCAGAGGUCAUGCAGAAAAGCAGCACAUGCAGUUUUAUGUAUGGGGAGCUGACAGACAAGAAGACCAUAGAAAAAGUGAGACAGGCCUUUGACAACUACGAGUCCAACUGCUUUGAAGUGCUGCUGUACAGAAAGAACAGAACUCCGGUGUGGUUCUACAUGCAGAUUGCGCCAAUCCGAAAUGAAAAUGACAAAGUGGUUUUGUUCUUGUGUACAUUUAAGGACAUCACUGUCUUUAAACAGCCUAUUGAAGAUGAAAGCACCAGGGGUUGGACCAAGUUUGCACGUUUGACUCGAGCGUUGACGAACAGCAAAAGCACCGUUCAGCAGCUCACGCCCAUGAGCAGAACUGACAUCACUUCACAUAAACAAUCCAGACUUGCAGAGGUGCUUCAACUCGGCUCUGACAUUCUUCCGCAGUAUAAGCAGGAAGCCCCUAAGACCCCGCCUCACAUCAUCUUACACUACUGCACCUUUAAGACCACCUGGGACUGGGUCAUCCUCAUUCUGACCUUCUACACUGCCAUCAUGGUUCCUUACAAUGUCUCCUUCAAGACCAAACAGAAUAACGUCACGUGGCUGGUUCUGGACAGUAUUGUGGACGUCAUAUUCCUUGUGGACAUCGUGCUUAACUUCCACAACACGUUUGUCGGGCCUGGAGGGGAGGUGAUCUCGGAUCCGAAGCUGAUCAGGAUGAACUACCUGAAGACCUGGUUCGUAAUAGACCUGCUGUCCUGUCUGCCCUAUGACAUCAUCAAUGCUUUCGAAAACGUGGAUGAGGGCAUCAGCAGCUUGUUCAGUUCUCUGAAGGUAGUUCGACUGCUUCGAUUGGGUCGUGUUGCACGUAAACUGGACCACUAUUUGGAGUACGGUGCAGCUGUGCUCGUGUUACUGGUCUGUGUGUUUGGAUUGGUGGCCCACUGGCUUGCUUGCAUAUGGUACAGCAUUGGAGAUUACGAGGUCAUUGAUGAACAAACCAACACCGUCAAGACUGACAGCUGGCUCUACCAGUUAGCCACGAGCACUGGAUCCCCGUACCGGUACAAUGCCAGUGGGACUGGCCAAUGGGAGGGCGGCCCUGGGAAAGACUCUCUGUAUAUAACGUCACUAUAUUUCACCAUGACCAGCCUGACCACCAUUGGCUUUGGAAACAUCGCACCAACUACAGACGGAGAGAAGAUCUUUUCUGUGGCCAUGAUGAUGGUCGGAUCUCUCCUUUACGCCACUAUCUUCGGUAAUGUGACAACCAUUUUCCAGCAGAUGUAUGCAAACACCAACCGUUACCACGAAAUGCUGAAUAACGUGCGGGAUUUCCUUAAGCUCUACCAGGUGCCCAAAGGCCUCAGUGAAAGAGUGAUGGACUACAUCGUCUCCAUGUGGUCCAUGUCCAAAGGCAUCGACACAGAGAAGGUGCUCUCCAUCUGCCCCAAGGACAUGCGGGCAGACAUCUGCGUGCACCUGAACAGGAAGGUGUUCAACGAACACCCAGCAUUCCGAUUGGCCAGUGACGGAUGCUUGCGCUCAUUGGCCGUGGAGUUCCAGAUGAUACACUCCGCCCCCGGUGACCUCAUCUUCCAUGCGGGUGAAAGCGUGGACCUGCUCUGCUUCAUGGUGUCAGGGUCACUGGAGGUCAUCCAGGAUGACGAGGUCAUCGCUAUACUGGGUAAAGGUGAUGUGUUUGGUGAUGUGUUUUGGAAGGAGACAACUUUGGCCCAUUCAUGCGCUAACGUUCGGGCGUUAACGUACUGUGAUCUUCACAUCAUAAAGAGAGAAGCCUUGCUGAAAGUGUUGGACUUCUACACAGCGUUUGCCAACUCUUUCUCCCGAAAUCUCACUCUCACCUGCAACCUACGCAAAAGGUUUAUAUUCCGUAAAAUCAGCGACAUGAAGAAGGAGGAAGAAGAGAGGCAGCGCUCAAAGAACGAGGUUCCACUCACUAUUCCUGUGGACCACCCGGUCCGAAAACUUUUCCAGAAGUUUAAACAGCAGAAAGAGCUCCGUAACCAGGGUGCUUCGGCCCAGAUAGACUUAGAGAAAAAUCAGCAGCAUCUACAGCAGCCCACACGCAUGCCGAAACCUCACACCUCCCUCAUGCAGAACUCGCUGCAUGCGGUUCAGAACGGGUCCACCAGCAGCGUGGUCACCAUCUCCCAGAUCACACCCAUCCAGAACUGCCUGGCCUACUCUAAAGCGGCCGACUCCAUUAAGCAGAACAAUCGCGACAUCAUGGAACUCAAACCUGCUGUGGCCAGCAGUGACCAAGUCGCAAACCACCUCAAAGUGAAUAACGCAGCACGGACCAAACCUGCAGCAAGCACCCGUGGUUGGAUGAGACUGAAAAACAACAUGGCUGCCCCAGGUUCACUUCCAGAGGAUGAGAGGAAAGAGGGAUUAAACAAUGCAGCUAAGUCCGUGUCCAUGGAGCGCAUUUCACCAGAAAUCAAAGUUCAGAUAGAAAGUGUUGAGGAGGUUGGAGCAUCCAGGAAGAAUUCACUCCGCAAAACGGACUCUUGGGAUAGUGGCUUGACAUACAGCGACCAGAGACUGGAUAGGGUUUCAGAACCCCAGAGCCCUGUUCCUGGAGUCGGUGGAGGAGAAGGAUCAGCCCGGGAUUUUUACCCCAGUAGCGAGAGCUCAUUCCAGGCUGCACUGCAGGAGGCAAGGCUGGAGCUGCGGACAGAGAUCCAAGCCCUGAAUGGAAGGAUGGCAGCUUUAGAAGAACGGCUUGGACAAAUUCUCAGGCUGCUUUUAGAGAGUUCAAAGCCCACAUCUAGUGAAGAUCCAACCCCAAAAAUGCACAGACCCAAACUCAAAGCACAGAGCAGCAUCCCAGUGUCCACACUCAGUACUCCAGACUCUGAAAAGGACGAGGGUUUGCCAUAGGAAAAAAGACUUUGCAUUCAGUAAGCAUUUGAGAUGAAGCAUUUGUAGCAUCACUGGGGUUUUGGUGCAUCCAAAUUUGGCACCUGUACCUGCAGCUUACACAGGAACGCCCAAAAAAGGGGCUUGGGUUGGUUUCUAGCUUCUGAUUACUGAGGAUAAGGCUGACACCUGAACAUCUGCAUGAGAACAGGAGUUGGUUUCUAGAUCUAAAUAACUGCCAGGAACUCUAACCCAAUCAGAGUACAGUGGCAUGUACUGAUGAAUACAAAAAUAAGAGGAUUUUUAGUUCAGUGCUUUAAUGUUCAAUCAGCACUUAUUUUGCACACUGAUAAUGGAACUAUUCCACCCCCACCCCCCCUUUUUCAUAUAAAAAUGCAUGUCCAGCUGGGUUCUGGCUUGCCAAAAAUGUACAACCCUGAUGAUGUCUAUAAAAUUGAAAUGAUAUUUAAAUGCUUGUAUAUUAUUGCAGUUGACUGCAUGCAAAUGUAUUUAUUCUAACAGAAUGCUUAUUUUCAAUGUUUAAAUGAAAGAGACUGUUGAUUGUCUUUAUCACCAUAAUUUACAUUCAGGUUUUUAACAGAACGUAGCAUGACAGAUCACGGAGGACGAAUGUGUCCUGUUUGAAACAUUUACGUAUGCAUGAAUGACUUUAACAGCACUCAAGAACUUUGCCUUAAAGGACCUAGACAUCACUCUUGAAAUAAAGCUGAAGAAGAAAAACCAGCACUGGUUAUUGUAGGACAGGUCUGUUUAUUUAUUUAUUUUUUUGUCUACAUUUUAACUUACAUGUGUCAGGAUUUUGGAGGGUGUAGGAUUUUAUGCCCUUAAUUUGUGUUCCACUCAAUGUUAUUGGGUUCGUUUUAUUUUAUAUGGCACCAGUAACAGCUUUUUGGCCUGAAAUGCAGCUUCACCACUGUAUAUCUGUUGACUGUAUUAUAUGCAGCCUUAAUAAAAAAAAAAAAAAAGGUAAAUUAAAAAAAAGACAAUUGUAAGAGUAAACCACGUUUUGUUCUCAUAUGCAAGAUAACAUAGACUCUCAAAACAAAGACCCUUAUCUUAGGACUAGAAUGCACAUAACCGAAAAACAUUGCAGAUUGCAGACCCUACAAUGAAAAUGGAACCAAAUCUGAAAAAGGGCCUAAAAGCAUUGUAAUCUUUUAAAGGUAUUGCUAUAUUUAUUUCCUCUCUUUCUGAAGGUUCGCUUCAUGCUUCAUGUACAGUAUUAUUUAUGUACACUAUUUUGGGGUCAGUAAGAUUUUUUUUUUUAAAGAAAUCAAUACUUGUAUUCAAUACGGAAGCAUAAAAUUUAU